UGAGAUUGUUUCUGUUUACCACAAUGCUUGUGCCGAUUGUAGUUGCUUCCAAUUGUAGUUGCGGAUUCAACGAUUCUUUUCGCAGUACUUGUGCUUCAUAGAAAAGUGGAUUCUGCAGGUUUGCAAGGGGUACGUUAAACGCUACAGUCAAAAUACAACGUGAUCAUGGAAGUACCCCUCGAAACGACGGAAUUCGUGAUACCUGAAAUAAAGUAUGAGUAUCUCGAUCACACGGCAGAUGUACAACUGCAUGCUUGGGGGGACAACCUAAAGGAAGCGUUUGAGCAGUGCGGGAUGGCAAUGUUCGGAUACAUGACCGAGCUACCCACUGUGGAGAUAAAAAAGUGUUAUCAAAUCACAACCGAACCGACGGAUGAUUUGGAAAAUCUGUUGUUUCGCUUUCUGGACGAGCUGCUGUUCGUUUUCUCCGCUGAACCGUUUCUGAUUUGCAAGAAGCUGCACAUCACCAUAUUCGAUCUGGAGUCGUUCGUUAUCGAGUGCAACUGCUACGGGGAGGAGUUUGAUCUUCAGAAGCACCCGCAAGGGACAGAGGUGAAAGCAAUAACGUACUCGGCGAUGCAAAUCUACCAACGACCCGAGCACGCCAAGGAUGAAGUGUUUGUUAUCAUCGACAUUUGAAACAAUAAAA